AUUUUUUUCAGCAAAUACUGAAGCAACGAGUCAAUUUGGUAUUAUAUCAUCUAAGCUAAAACGUCAAAUAAUUGAAGUCUACUUUUCUAGAUUCAGUCAAAAUGUCACAAGUAUACAGAUCAUCACGUUCAGAUGACCCUCAACAAAAAUUAUCCUUUGAGGAUGUUGUUAUGACUGGGUUAGCUAAGGAUGGUGGUCUAUUUUUACCAUCAGAGAUCCCAACUUUACCAAGUAACUUUUUAACUGAAUGGGCUGACUUAUCAUUUAAUGAGUUAGCAUUUAAUAUUUUAAGAUUGUAUAUCAAUGAAUCUGAAAUACCUAGUGCUGACUUGAAGGAUUUAAUUGCAAGAUCUUAUUCUACUUUCAGAUCUGAUGAAGUUACACCUAUCAAACAUAUUGAUACUAAUUUAUAUUUACUUGAAUUAUUCCAUGGUCCUACUUAUGCAUUCAAGGAUGUUGCCUUACAAUUUGUUGGUAACUUAUUUGAAUAUUUCUUAACUAAAAGUAAUGCAAAGAAAGCUGUAGGUGAACCUAAAGAUUUUAUUACUGUUGUAGGUGCUACAUCUGGAGAUACUGGUUCUGCUGCCAUUUAUGGUUUAAGAGGUAAGAAAGAUGUUAAUGUAUUUAUUUUAUACCCAACUGGUAGAAUCAGUCCUAUCCAAGAAGAACAAAUGACAACCGUUGAAGAUGCUAAUGUUCAUACUUUUUCAGUUAAUGGUACUUUUGAUGAUUGUCAAGAUAUAGUUAAACAAAUCUUUGGUGAUGUUAAAUUCAAUGAAAAGUAUCAUGUUGGUGCUGUUAACUCCAUAAAUUGGGCUAGAAUAUUAGCUCAACAAACUUAUUAUUUCUAUUCUUAUUUCCAAUUACAGAAAGCUCAACCAAAUUCUAAAGUUAGAUUUGUUGUUCCAUCUGGUAAUUUUGGUGAUAUCUUAGCUGGAUAUUAUGCUUAUAAGAUGGGUUUACCAGUAGAUAAGUUAAUCAUUGCUACUAAUGAAAAUGAUAUAUUGGAUAGAUUCCUCAAGACUGGUAGAUAUGAAAAGAAAGGUGAUAGCUCUGUUAAAGCUACUUAUUCACCAGCCAUGGAUAUUUUAAUAUCUUCAAAUUUUGAAAGAUUAUUAUGGUAUUUAAUAAGAGAUUCAGUGGCAGAAAAAGAUGAUGCUAAAGCUGGAGCUACCUUAAAUAGUUGGAUGAAACAAUUAAAGGAAACUGGAUCAGUUACUGCCGAUAAAGAAGUUGUAGCAGGUGCCAAAUCAAUCUUUGAUUCUGAAAGUGUUAGCGAUGAACAAACCAUUGAAACAAUUAAAAAAGUUUACGAAAGUCAUCCUGAAAAAUAUAUUAUUGAUCCUCAUACUUCAGUUGGUGUUACUACAUCAUAUAGAUUCAUCGCUAAAGAUUCUACUCCAGUAUAUAUAUCAUUAUCUACAGCUCAUCCUGCUAAAUUUUCUGAAGUUGUCAAUAGAGCUUUAGAUACUAUUCCAGGAUAUUCUUUUGAAAAGGAUGUCUUACCUCAAGAGUUAAAGGCUUUAAGUACCAAACAAAAGAGAAUCUUAUUAAUUGAUGAAGCAUCAAUUGAAAAGGUUCAACAAAAAAUCAUUGAAAUCUUAAACUUUUAAUUCUAAUUCUAUAAAAUAUCUAUCUAUAUAGAUUGACUUAUG